CUACGUCGUGCAUACUAGUUCUUUUUUGCAAUAUUAUUACUAUUAUUAUUAUUGUUAUUUUUUACGUUAUUUUCAUUGUUAUAUGGGCUAUGUGCCUUAGAGCCGUGUAUUGUACGUUUUGGUUUUUCUGCUGAUUGUGUUAACGGAGAAGUUGACAAUUUUCGCUUGGAGCAGCUACAAGCUAGCAAACCUACAACCGACCAACUCGACACUGCAAGCCUUCCUGUCAGCCGAAUCGCGGAUGAUACGCGCGCCAAAUAGUUUAAAAAUCGUAAAAACCGCUCUCCAAAGUGGCAAUGGCAACAUAAUAGAUAGUAAAAUAGGAAAUAAAAAUAUAUUUGAAAGUGAAGUAAAGCCAAGCCCGAGCAAAAAGGCGGAUUGAAAAUGCAAAUUAAAAAAAAUUGUGAUAAGUCUUAAUAAAAACAGAAGAAUACAACGACGCUGAUGAACACAUACGUAUGUAUGCAUAUGUGUGGGAGUAUACGACAAAAAAUUAUGCAGUAGGCAACAGCAUUGCGAGAGUCAAACUGAAUGCCCUCACUAGAAAAGAAACUCAGGCUUUGCCUUCCCAAUAUGGAACGACUCGUAAAUUAACUGUUUGCAAUGCCAUAAAACAUAAACGACAGUUUUAAGUAAAAGUAAACAUACAAAUGUAAAGCAAAAUAAAAACACGCAAGCGACGUACCAUCAAACAGAAACAACAACAAGCGGGAAACCAAAAAUCAAACCGCCGAUCGAGCACUUGGAAAAACAUAAAAAUUAAAUAGUCAUAAAAGUAACGCACUUGUAAUUACAUGCCAUAAAAACAAAAACCACACAAGAAACACAACAACACUAACAAUGGUACAGCGUUUGCAAAUGCAACAAGAACGGAAGAAGCUGCAGAUACCUGCGAAUGGAAGUCCAAGAAGGCAGCUGGAUAUUUACUCAGUAAGUCCAUCAGUUAAGAAGACACUUGCGCUACACAAAAUAUUUGUCAAAAUAUGGUUUGCUGACAAAUUUCUGGCAAAUUCAGAAAGCAAUUUCUUUUCCUACAAAUAAUCAAAGAAAUAUGUCUGACAAUCUGACUACAUGCACACGUGCAUGUGUAUAUGGGUUGAACCAAAGUACAUGCCUGGCAAUUUAAUUAAUUUAAUAAAAUAUACGCUGCGUAGACUCCAAAGAAAACUUAAAAGAGAACAGGAACAAUUAAAAAUAAAAAAAAAACAUAGCAAAAACACCUUCUGUAUGUGCCCGUCAAGUACGUAGCCACCUUUAGAUAUGUACAUACAUAUAUGAAUGCAUGCAAGUAUAUAUUAAGUAUACACACGUACAUACACAUAUAUAAAUGUGGCCAGUUGUCGCAAAAGCAUUUUGGCUGAUUUAAAUGUAAUAGUUUUUUAAACACCGUACUUAAAUGCCAGCAUAGAUAGUUAAUAAAAACGACAAACAUGUAAGUAUGUAAUGCAAAUAGAAGAUGCAGACGGAAACAUGGACUUCGUUCGUGCCCAAGUGUACGCAUUUGUUAUUGGUGAAUGCGAACUUUGUAAAAGUUUCACGGUGUCGUAAGUUGGUUGGUUGUUAUUUACGAACACUAAAAACACACAACAGCAGCAGCAGCAUCUACAAUAAUGCAGUUUCAAAGCCAAAACCAGAUUAUUGAAAAUACCGUUAGUAACAAAUAAUAAUAAUAAUAAUAGUAAUAACCAAUGUAUGGUAAACAAAAAGUGAAAAAGUGUUGAUUCCGCCGCAUUUAUUUAAAGGUGGCAAAUGUGCCGACGGCACUUGAGCUGUGAUGUGUUUCCACGACACGGCCAAUAGGCAACACUGUCAUUCCAUUAAAUACGCAAACACUAAUAAUUGUGCAUAAAAAAAAAAACAAAAAAAAAAAACAAAAACAGAAACAAAAACAAAAAUAACCGCACGAAAAAAUUAACCAGUUUUAUUCCAAAUCAAAAGGAUACAAAAAUUUAUAAUUUCACCAACUUUGAAGAUAAAAAAAUGUUAUAAAAUAAUUAUAUGCGUGGUCGAAAGGCAUACAUAUAAUCUCAAUUAAAAAGUCAGAAGUAGCAAGUUCGUGUAAAUCGCAACAAAUUCGCAAAUCAACAAACUUUCCAUAAUUUUUAAAAGAGCUCAAAACGAGUAACGACAUUCGAUAGCAGACGAAAGCGUUUGCCUUAAACGAUCUGUAAAAAUAUACAAAUUUUGAGAAGAGAGGCUCGAGGCUCCAAAAGAAUGUGCAAUGUCAAAAUUUGUUUUCGAUAGUAUGCUACCGAAGUACCCACAGUUUCAGCCAUUUAUCAGUUCACAUUUAACUUCAACAUCACAAAAUUCGUCAUCAGCAGCUGUUGCCGCCGCUUUAGCCGCCGCCGCAGCCUCCUCAUCAUCGUCCGUCAAUAGCCUCAGCAGCGGCCUCAGCCACAAUAACGGUAUUAGUACUAGCAAUCACAUCAACGGCAAUCACAUCUCUUCUGUAGCCGUCCAUUCAUCGUCGCUGUCGCCUUCAUCGUCCAGCGUGAAUAUCAACAGCAGCCAUUUAAAUCAGUCGUCCAAUUCGCCGGUGUCCUCGUCCUCCCCAUCGUCCACCACUUUUGGAGCGCUUACACCACAACAACAACAACAUCAAUUGCAACAACACCAUCACCACCACCAGCAACAGCAGCAACAACAGCAUCAUAGUCAAUACUCACUGUCGGCCGCAUUACAAUUGCAGCAACAACAGCAACAGUUGCAUAUUAAUAAAUUAGCCGCCGCUGCUGCAGCGGUCAGCUCUCAAAGCGGAAACGGUCUGGGACAUAGCCAUAGUAUUCAACAGCAACAACAAUUGACACAACAACAACUCUUGCUCACACCACCUUCAGCUACUAAUUCGCAGACCGGCGACAGCAGUUGCUCGCCCACACCGUCGGCCGCAUCGUCCUCGCUGCAUCGCAGCGUCAACGACCACUCACCCACCUCUGCAUCCGCCGCCGCCGCUGCCGCGUCCGCAGCAGCCGCCAGCACAGUAGCUGCCGCAGCAGCCGCCGCCGCUGCUGCUUCCUCGUUUGCCAUACCAACCAGCAAAAUGUAUCCCUACGUGUCAAACCAUCCCACAUCACACGGCAUUUCCGGCAUGCCGGGCUUUUCUGGACUAGAGGACAAAUCAUGCAGCAGGUACACAGACAGCAUCAUGAAUAGUUAUCAGUCAAUGAGUGCGCCGGCCUCGGCGUCCAGUUUUGCGCAAUUCUAUCAACAUGCCGCUGCUGCAACGGCCGCCUCUGCAGGUGCCGUUGGCGUUGACUCGCUCGGCAAUGCAUGUACGCAGCCAUCAUCGGGCGUUUUGUCCACUGGAGGAGCCGGUCAAAGUAUUGCCGAUUUGCCAAGAUACCCUUGGAUGACAUUAACGGAUUGGAUGGGAAGCCCUUUUGAACGAGUCGUCUGUGCAGACUUCAAUGGUCCAAAUGGUUGUCCUCGUCGUCGCGGUCGUCAAACUUACACACGCUUCCAAACACUUGAGCUGGAGAAGGAGUUCCACUUCAAUCAUUACUUAACACGGCGACGAAGAAUCGAAAUCGCUCAUGCGCUUUGCCUCACUGAACGUCAGAUAAAAAUUUGGUUUCAAAAUCGACGCAUGAAAUUGAAGAAGGAACUGCGGGCCGUCAAAGAAAUCAACGAACAGGCUCGACGCGAUCGCGAGGAACAAGAAAAGAUGAAAGCUCAAGAAUCCAUGAAAUCCGCCCAGCAAAAUGCCAACAAACAAGCGCAGCAACAACAACAACAACAGCAACAACAACAACACCAGCAGCAGCAGCAACAAGAUCAUCACUCGAUCAUAGCACACAACCCAGGACAUUUGCAUCACUCGGUGAUCGGACAGAACGACCUGAAACUGGGCUUGGGCAUGGGUGUUGGUGUAGGCUCAGGUGUAGGUGUGGGUGUGGGCGGUGGUAUCGGCAGCAAUUUGGGCAUGAUGAGUGCGCUCGAUAAGAGCAAUCACGACCUGCUCAAAGCCGUCAGUAAAGUAACUUCGUAAAUGCACCACCAACAUUUGCUAAAGCAACAACAACAGUAAGAGCUGAGUGGCAGUGCAGUGAUUAAAUAGAGACGGCUGGAAUAAGCUGUCGCUUCCCAGUUGACCAUUGAUUUAAGCUUAAUUGGAAAGCAGGAAUACAAAACGAAAGAUGAUAACUUAAAUACGUAAACCACUUUACAUAGUAAAUUAAAUGCAUAAGUCUACCAACUACACACACAUACAAGUAUAUAUUUAUAAAUAUUAAAAUACUUUAAAAUCAGAUAUACAUAUACAAGCAUACGUACAUACCUAUUAUAUAUAAAUAUAUGGUAAUGUGAAAAUUUAUUUACAUACAUACAUACAAACAUGCGUACAUGCAUACAUGCAUUCAUACAUACAUAUGCAUACUUGCAUGUAUAUGUACUACAUACAUAUAUCAAUGAGAAAGAGGAUAUGAGCAUUAGAGCGCAGUUAGUCAUAGAAAAUAAUUGACCGAGGGAGUCGGUGCGGUAAAGCGGUGCCGAUUCUACGAGUACUAGUGAGUGUAGACUUAGUCGAGCAGCAAUUCGAAUUGUGCCAGUUUACUUGGUACAAGAGUAGAUGAUAAUUAUGAUGUUAUAAGAUUUAUGACUGCAUUAGUGAAAUAAACAGUGAAAACUAAAUAAUCUAAGUUGCUUUAGUAUUUUAGAUAGAAAUUUCUUUGAAAAGUGAAAGUUGCCACAACAAGCGUCAUUCACCUUAGUUGGGUCCCCAACUUAUCUAUGCGUUGAAUUGAAUUUCUUUAAAUUGACAUAAUAUUCGUUCUCAGAUGUUUUUUAUUUAUUAUUUUUUUAGUUUCAAUCAACAAUCUUCGCAUGUAAAAUUCUACUUCCACGUACUCUUUCAACAUCAUGCUUUCCAUUUCCAUCUUCUGCACUCACUACUCUAUUAUUUUGAAUGCAAAAAAUGAUUUAUCAAAAACUUCCUCUCCAAUGCCAUAUUUUAGUGAUAACAAUUUGAUUAAGAAUUACCACGUAAACGCACGUAACAAUUACUGUUAACUGCUGUGCAAAACGUAAAGUAAUGCAACGUAACUCGUUUGCACUUAAAUCUCAUUAUUAAUAAAACAGCAAAAGAAAAAAAGAACAAAAAAACAAAAAAACUACUUCGAUAGGUUGAUAAUUUUAAGAAAGAUUUAAUUGAUAAAUUAUUGGCUGCUAUGGUGUGUUGCAUGCCUAAGCACGUAGCCAGCAAACAACAAAUACGUACACAGAGCAAAUAAGCAAACAAAACUACUUAUUUUCACCAGUGACUAAAUUUAAAGCUUAAGUAAUGUGUAAUAUAGCUGAAACCGAUGUUUUAUAAACAUUUGUACCAAGCUAAAAAAGAAAAAUGAACCCCUCCCGCAGUUAAGGUAUACAUAUACGAGUACUCGUAUACAUAAAUGCGCAUGCGAACAUGUUUCUAACACGUCUUUGUACGUUGUAGUGUGACUGCAACUUCAUAAUUGGCUUAAGUGACUCAUUUCGGAGAUUCAGCAUUUGGCAGAUGCUAAUUAAUUGAGUUCAAGUUUAAACGCAGAUGCAAUUGGUUAGCAAACAAUCUCUCAAUAUACGUAUUAGAGUUAAGGCCCAGUAUAAAUGUACUAUACACAAAUAUGCAUAUAUAAAUAUUAUUUACUAUAAAACUUGCAUUAAAAGUACUUACCUAUAUUUAUCUACUACAAACAUACACAAAAUAUAGUGAAAAAUGCUAAAAUUUACAAAACAAUUACUAAGUGUACCGUAAUUGAUUUAAGUUGAUUGAGUGUAUUUACGCCCGCCCGCAAACCCAGUGAACGUUUUGACGUGUGCUAAGCAAACACAGAAACGGCAACUAAAUAUAGGUGAAUAUGAAUGGCAUAAAGCGAUAUGCAAUAACAUUUACUACGUCAGUAGCUGCAGCUUCAAUUCUUCCCCAAAAAAAUUAAAUUGAUACAGAUCUACGUGGAAUCAAUAGAAUUGGUUAAAUACGCCCAAGGGGCUAACUUAAAGUCUCAAUAUAAAUACAUGCAUACAUACAUACUUAUGUGUACAUGAAACAAUCCAUCAUCGCUUCCAUUUGUUUAUGUUGUUUUAACUAACUGUAUUUUAACUUCUUUAUUUUGAUUAGAAAAAAAAACUACUUUUGUUAUUUGGAAAUCUGUUUCUUCUGGAGUUUUAUUAAGAUAUCUAAAAAAUCCUAUUGUGUUAAUUAAAUGGUUA